UGUUACAUUCUUUCUUGCUCACAUAUUUUUGUCCUUCUCUCUCUCCUCCAUAGUUGUCUGCUUCUUUCCCUUACCAUUUUUUUCACAACUCAUUUCUUGCAUCAGCUUUUUGCUUGCUUAACAAUGCAGACAAGAACUGUACAAGUGAAGAACCUGUCAGAUCUAGCUACUGAGAGGGAGAUUCACGAGUUCUUUUCGUUCUCUGGUGAUAUUGAGCACAUUGAAAUUAUAAGUGAAACUAGCCAAUUAAAGACUGCAUAUGUUACAUUCAAAGAUCCCAAAGCGCUUGAAAUCGCCUUAUUAUUAUCGGGAGCAACACUCGUUGACAAGAUUGUGACCAUAAUUUGUGCUGAAAAUUAUGUACCAAAACCCGAGAUUCAUGAAUCAAGCGCAGCAGAUGACAUUCUGUCCUUUGCUCCUGCUAGGCAUAGUGCAUCAAAUGAUGAGCAGGACAGAAUGAGUCCACCUAGCAGUGGAAGAAUGUAUGUUGGUAGGGCACAAGAUGUUGUUGCUAGUGUCUUGGCCAAAGGUUCAGCCAUACGACAAGAUGCAGUUAACAAAGCGAAAGCAUUUGACGAGAAACAUCAGUGGAGAGCCAGUGCUUCUGCAAAGGUCAUUUCGUUUGAUCGGAGAGUCAGGCUGACUGAGAAACUGACUGUGGGAAUUUCAGUGGUUAAUGAGAAAGUAAGAUCUGUGGACCAAAGGUUGCAGGUGUCUGAUAAAACAAUGGCUGCAAUAUUUGCAGCAGAGAAGAAAAUUAACGACACGGGAUCAGCCGUCAAAUCUAGCAGGUACGUAACCGCCGGGACAGCUUGGCUAAACGGUGCUUUCAGCAAAGUUGCAAAGGCUGGGCAGGUUGCUGGUACAAAAACCAAAGAAAAGUUAAACCUAGCAAUGUCAAACUUGACUGCCAAGGAUGCAAUUGCUGUGUAAGUCGGAGAAUUUCUCGUCUUGAGGUCGCUUUACAAAUUGUUAUCGACACACGCAUUGGAUGACCUUGUUACAACGAUUUAUCGAGGAGGAUCGAGAUGCUUGUGUUAGAGUGCACAAAGUUGUGUUCAGUUUUGGGUUUCGUCGUGUGAAGUUAUGCAAAUGCAAUGUGUUGCGUAUUCCAUUUGAUCCUUUUUUAAUUUUUGCAAUAUAUUCUUUGAUUACUAG